AUGGCGAAAAAGGAAAAAGAAAAGCCAAAUUCAAUCGAUGAGAGCACGCCCAAAUCACGACGAGGGAGUAGUGCUCGACGAGAUGACAGCAAAGAUGCCCGUGGCUCCCCUAUGCGCGACUCGCCAGAACGCUGUGAGCCAACGCCACCUGGAAAUAUUUAUGAUUUUCUUGAAUAUAGACUAGACAUGGCGGCCAAACCAAAAGACAACUCACCCGGUGUCAGCCCCAGCCCAUCAGAGGAAUCAAGACUCACAACGAAAGAUAUCAAGGCAAUGUUGUCUGGGGCGCCUCACUUUUUUCUGGAGAAGGGCAAGCAUCGUCGAUGGUAUCCCCAGGUGAUCUUCCCGUGGGAUGAGCAGAACCCGGUAAUCCAACACAUGUGGGAUCGCAAGCCAUUGCCCCAUGCAUCCUUUACUCUGAGCACACUUCACGCUCAUUUGCCGCUCCCAGACGACUGGACUGUCAAAGGCGGCGUUCCGAUUCAAGUCCUUGACUGGCGCCGAACGGGCGCUGUCAACAGGGCAACGUUUGAUGUUAGCAUCUUUGAAGUACCCAACAUGCUGUCCAACAAUGGCAAAGAACCCGGCACCGUCGGUUUCCGUCACUUUCUUGAAUUACCGGUGGCUGACGCGAUCCGAUACACUGGUCCCGAAAAGCCAAGGAACCCUCCAUAUUUACAUCAAGUCCCAACCAUGGCGGCAACCGUGGCGUUCGAUUUAAUGGAGGGAUAUAGCAAACCGUACUCACAAUGCCAAAGCGGUGCCGUGUACGAUCGACAUAGGCUCAUCUGUGAAGGCCCUGAUGCCUGGAAGCGCAUCGGAGUAAGAGAUAUCAAUCUUCGAUCGCUCGUCCAACGUUUAGAGCAUCUGCGCAAGUUCCGACAUGAAAUGCUCACAGAUGGAUCGACGAAAACAAUUUUGGAUAUUGAAAGUUCGCGCGAGUUGCACGAAAUCUUACACACACAAUUCCUUCACCCUCGCCCUCCACCUACCGACAUUAUAGGGGGUCAUCCGCAAAGCGUCAAAUCCCAGAUCAAAACUUUGGCAAUCGUGCUGGCCACACCAGGAGCAUGGAUUAAUUUCAGUCUGCCCGAAUGGCGCUUUCGGGUAGGGCAGGUCCUAUGGGAGGCUUCGUUGCAUGGCGAUGGAGACUGUCUGGACCCCAGUUCAGGUAACGAGAAAGAGCCGGGGGAUACUUUGACCAAGUCCGGGAUGGAGCGAAAGUGGUUGCUGAUCCAGCUGCUCCUCUCUGCUGAAUUGCUUCUUCGCUUGGAUGCGUUCGUCCGAGUUGGCAUGUUGUAUGAUCCGCACGGUGGUCAUAUCACGGUACAUGAGCUUGCACAAUUCGAGCAAUUGCGAGAAGGGAAGCUGAACUGGGAUCUGGUUGUUGUGCGCCGGUUCCUCAACAGUCUCAAUAUCACUUGCCCGGCGCCACAAUCAGGCCCAUCUCCAGGUGGCUCGUCAAAACCCUUAGCCACCAAGUCGCAUGAGAAAAGCCAUCGUUUUUCACUGCGUGAGACCAUCACUCGGCGUAGCUCGCCCCCUGUCGCGGAUCUACAGUCUGCUUGGGACUGUGAACUGAGCUCUUCGCAUGUUCGACAGCAGCUGGAGGGUCUGUAUGUCUUCGCAGAAAAUAUUGGAUGGCCAAAAUUGGCUGCACUGAAAGCUUCCAUGGAGCUCAAACUUGGAGAUCCUAACAAUCCGGUUCUGCCAGUUUUAGUCGUCGAUGACAGGUGGGGACGGGAGAAAAUAUCCAAGGAGAUGUUACUGGCCAAGGAGGAUAUGUACACACGAAACCCCUGUCGCCGAUGCGUCAAGCUUUGUAGCUCUGGCGAUCCACAGUCUAAAACUUUAGGCUGGAUCUCGCGCUCCUGGCUCUCCGGGUUCGUGAUACCCGGAGAGGGGAUCAGCCACCUUCUCAUGGCGACACUCCUUGAGAAUGACGCCGAUGCACUGGAUCAACUGGGCUCGAUUGCCAACCUCUAUGGAGGAUUCGUUUAUGGCGGACGGAGUUGGUGGAGCAAAGCAUGCGUUGUCGGGCGUGUCUUGUCUAGUUCAACGGGAGCUAAGACAUGCAUGGGGUGGAUCAGCAGCGACCUCAUGCCGCGCGAUGCGAUUACACGCGAAAUAUUUAAAUGUGGAUGGCUCGAAGUCCCAGUUGAAGAGGUUCCGCAGAUCUCGAGCAAGCCUCGAAUCAAGCACGGAGCUAGGCUUGCGAUGGAAUCGACACCGCUAGGCAUGGGAGAUAUCACAGCAGAGGCCUUUACACUCCCAAUGGAGAACCCAGAGCCGAGUGCGACAACCAAGGUGCACAUCGAAGGGCUGACUCUAUCGGUCGAUGAUUACAGGCCUCCCAACGGGAACGGCAUUACACCUGCUGAGGCAUCCAUGUCGUUCUCGAUCGGAGACGCAGAUACUGGUAGAGUUUCGACUACAGUUUGUUUCCCCCUCAAAUAUAAUGUGCGCUUCAUCUCCGCCCAUGAGUGCUGUCCACCAUUGGGGGUCGCGUCUCAUAAGUCAUCCGACCGCGUGAAAAGUGAAACCCAACAGCCUACGAGACCCGUGUCCAAGUGCACACGUCUACCAGGCCAUCCUCUGCACAUCUCUUAUCGAUACAAGUAUGUUUCGUUGGACUCCCUUUCCUCUACCCCGGCGCCGCAAUCGACAUCGUCGCAAGGCUCGGAGACAGCUCAAGGCCCGGAGAUUAUUGUCAUCGACGCGCGGGGCAGCCGAGACAGGGAAACGUUUGCUCGGGCGUGGUGUGCUGCUGUUGGAUGUCAUGCGAUCAUAAGUCGGUCCGGGGGAACUCGUGUGACAUGUUGUGUCGCGUGUUCAAUCAGGCAAGCGAGAGCCAUUGACACAAUGGUUGUGGUGCGUGUGGGCGAAUGA